AUGCUGGGUACCAGGCCAAGCGUGAGUCUGCCACGCUUGUCGGCUGCGUUCAGAGGGGCAGAGGGCGGAACGGGGAGCCAGGCGUGCCCCCCGUGGCCACCGCCCGAGCCGCUGAUUCAGUCUUUCGGACGCACUCAGAAGUUCUUGACUCUGCCUUGGUCCUUCCUAGACUUGACGGCUCCCAUCAGGUCGCAGAUCUUCUUCAACCUGGUUGGUGACCUUCUGUGCUAUAGUGGAGCGAAUGAGGUUAACUUGCAACUGAGUAUCGUGCGAUCAGCCUGCAGAGAACUUCGCGAUCAAGUAGACGAGGAGUGCCUUACGUUCAAUUAUGAUGACACUUGUGGCCUCGGUAGCGGACCGAGCCGCGACCGUGAUGAAAUCCUGGCCCUGAACACCUGGAUCAAGAGACAUCCGCGCCUCAAGUACUUCGAAUGCUUGGUCCGAAGUGCUGCCAAAUUUCGAAUUCUUCUGGAGGAGUUGCAGCUUCCUCCGCAGACGCGCUGCAGCUUCGUUUUCGAGUUCAAGGUUAGUGGUCCGGAGGUUGAGCAGCUCUUGCAGCGUUUCUGCGUUCGACGCUUGUCCCUCAUGCCACAGGAAGAGAAGGAGGCAGCUGGGCAAGUGCAACGAAAUUGGAAAGCCUUUCCAGAAACUGGUCUUCAGGUGCUAUGUUUACGUAGCUGCUCGGACGACAUCAUCCAGUCCUUUUUUUCCGUGAGUCCUCGGCUACGGAGUCUUCAGUUGGUGGAUAGCAGGUUGCAGAGCAUGCCGCUGGCAAUCUCACAGCGUCUCAGCAGCCUCAGCCUCACUGGAAUAACCAGUCUGCCUGACGAGCAGCUCUCAAAGCUGAUCGCAACCUGCCAGAACCUUCGGUCGCUGUACAUAGCCAAAUGCCAUAUUUCUCACAUUUCUUUCGCGUUGCCGAACCUGGAGCUCUUGUCUGUCACGCAUUGCCAACAGCUGACGGACCAGUGUGCAACGGAGAUUUUGUCUCCCGUAAACAACCCGCGCCUUCGCUUCGUUGACCUGUCGGAAUGCAGGAGCUUGACAGCUCCCACCGUGGAGCACCCCGAGAUGGAGAUAGCGUGGCUGAUGCACUGUCCACAGCUGACGGGGCAGGUGGUGGCGGCCAUGUUCCGGAGCUGCACAUCGCUGACUGCUGUCAACUUGGUGCAAUCUUCCAUUGAAAAUGCAAUGCUUGCAUCGACGUCCCUGAGGACGUUGGAACUCACCACGUCGCAGAAACUGGCGGAUCGUGCCGUGACAUAUCUGCUGGAGCACUGUCCAAACCUAUCGUUUCUGGAUGUGGGACACUGCUGUCAACUGGUGGAGCCAAAGUUGGCACAUCCUGGGCUAGAGACAAUCCUGCUCAGCUUCUGCGUGAACCUUCGGGAGUCUGCGGUGGCUGGCCUUUUUGAGAACUGUCCGUCUUUAAGGUAUGUCGAAAUUGCUGUAUGCAUGUUCGACAUGACGAAGUUUCAAAGAACGUGUCGCCCUGAAUGCACCAUCGUGGUGAAUUUCGAUUUCUGA